AUGGAAUCAUUCGAGGAGGAAGCCCUGCAGAGUUGCCCACCCGACUGCCGUCCUACCCUGUGGAAGCGGUACGUCGAUGACACCUUUGUCAUUGCACCACAAGAUCAAACCAGCCGUCUCCUCAACCACCUGAACAGUCUCAAACCCAGCAUCCAGUUCACCAUCGAGAAUGAGCAAGACAACAGCAUUGCAUUCCUGGACACCAUGGUCCACAGGGAACCCGACGGCAGCCUGACCAGCACCGUGUAUCGCAAGCCUACCCACACCGACCAGUACCUGGCCUUUGACUCACACCACCCAGUGUCCGUCAAGAGGGGCGUGGCCAAGUGCCUACAUGACCGCGCCUCACGCCUAGUUACCAGACCACGCCACACAGCCGCCGAGAGACGCCGAGACCACGGUGUCCACACCGUGUUCCGAUCAUCCACCACCUUAAGGAGCCAACUCGUGCGCCCUAAGGAUCCCAUCCCACCCGGAAGACGCGGAGGAGUGGUCUACAAGAUACCGUGCGGUGACUGUGGCAAGGUAUAUAUCGGCGAAACUGGCAGACCAAUCGGCACGAGAAUCAAGGAGCACCAACGCGACGUGAGACUCUCCCGUGUGGAGUCGUCAGCGGUAGCCGAGCACACCUGA